AUGCCCAACUCUGACAACCAAGAUGAAGAAGAUACAGAUACGAAACUUGCCUCGCUCGCUUCACUACUCGAACCACUCUCAUUCCCUUUCGAAAGGCUGUUGGAAUCGUUAAAUGAGGCAGACGGCGAUGUAGGUAAAGCUGCCGAAGAUCUCUUAUUGCCUGGAGCGGGUAACAUCAAGAAUAAAAGGAAAGCCGGGAAUAGUCUACAAAGCUGGUUGAAGAAACCUAAGAAAGACAUCGCUGAUGACAAACUGGAUCCGAGGGAAACAGACGAUGAUGAUGUAGAGGCGACCGGUGCAGGUCCGAGCAAUUCGAUCAAAUCGACUAUUCAAGAUAAUAUCGACCUACUCUCCAUCCUUCGUGGUCGACCUCCCUCUUCUCCUACCAAGAACAAAGCCUUACCUCAACCAGCGUUACUCCUAACCAGUCAAUCAGCCAUCGAUACUCAUGAUUUACCUAUAACACUGCUCGAAUCACCUCUACCUCCUUCGCUCGCUUCAGCGCUGUACCUCGAAUUAAUGAAUGAGUCAGAAAAGAGUUGGUACAAUAAUGAAUUUUACCUGGCGGGAAAACAAGUGAAAUCACCACAUACUGUACAAAUGUAUAAAUACCCUUCUUCGUCAAACGAUGAAGAAGAAGGAAAAGCAGAAGGCGCAACUUGGGGGAAGGGGAUAACAUAUUGGUACUCUGGCACAAAUAUGGUUGAUAUUGCUGAUUACCCACCAUUACUUCGAAAAGCUGCUGAUCUGGUGGAAAGAGUUGUCAACGAAUCGAUAUCAAAGAGGAAGAGAUAUCCUUUGGAAUGGGCUGGAGAAUGGAAAGCUAAUUGCUGUGGGACAAAUCGGUAUGAUGGAGCUAAAAGCUCAGUCGGUUGGCAUGCAGAUCAACUGACAUACCUAGGUCCAUAUACCACCAUCGCCUCCCUCUCUCUAGGUACACCCCGAGCAUUCAGAUUAAGACAGACCAACACUGUCGAUCCCAGUUUUUCAACCAACGCGAAACCGAUAAGGACCUAUGAGCUGAAAUUGGGUCACAACAGCUUAUGUCUGAUGAAUGCAGGCUGUCAGGAGAGGUACAAACAUACUGUACCCCCUCAAAAAGCUUUGGAUUUGUUUAGACCAACUUUCGACAAAGAUGAACGUCCUAUCCCUUUGCACCAGCAGCGAACUUAUACAUCCAGAAUCAAUAUUACUUUUCGAGUUGAAUAUCAUACCGGUAGAUUCUAUCGUGAUGAUUUCCAUCCAAAUCCUUCGACUGGACCAUCGGGACCUCGCGAAGGUACUCCAAUGUGUAAAUGCGGUAUACCCACAUUACUUCGAGCUGACCAAAAAGCUAAAGCUCGAUCACGACUUCUCCCUACCACCUCACCUACUAAACCUUCGCCUAAGCAGCAGCGGCAGGAUAAGGAUACAGAUAUGAACAUGAUCGAAGAUGAUAUGGUGUAUUUCUGGCAAUGUCAGAGUCCAUCUCAAACGGGCGAUAUGAAAGGAUGCGGUUUCUUUAGGAUAUUGGAUAUGGGCAAAGAAGGUAGAGGACCGUGUGUCAAGGAUGUGGUGUAG